AUGAGCCACAGCCACCGUGUGGUGGCGAGGAUGCAGGAGAGGGUCAAGAAGAAGCGCGCCCCACAGCCCAGAGCGCAAGGUUUGCGCUGCCAGGGGCCCAAAAUAGCUUUGGGCCGGCGGAGACUACGCGGGACAGGGGCUUGGCAGCGAGCGCGCCGUUGCCGGAGGUCCUGCGGCGGCGGCCCGGAGCGCGGGCGGGGGCAGAGCGGGGCGGGGGCGCGGGGCCUCGGGCGGCCCUCGGGCUGGGCCACCGGGCGGGUCACUCGCUCGCAGCCUGCGGAUCCCCAGCUGCGCCUCCACCGCCGGCCUGGCCGCCGCUCACAGGCUCUCACUCGCUCCCAGUCAGGCCCCAAUCGCUGUCGGCAGGCUUUGCUGCGGAUUGGCAUCAAUAUGAUGGCGCUGCCUGGAGGCCGCCACCUGGACUCCAUCCCUCUGCCGGGUCAGCGGCUGCACCUAAUGCAAGUGGACUCAGUCCAGCGCUGGAUGGAGGACCUGAAGCUGAUGACGGAGUGUGAGUGCAUGUGUGUCCUGCAGGCGAAGCCCAUCAGCCUGGAGGAGGAUGCCCAGGGUGACCUCAUCCUGGCAGGUGGCCCUGGCCCUGGAGACCCCCUGCAGCUGCUGCUCAAGCGGGGCUGGGUCAUCAGCACUGAGUUGCGCAGGAUCGGGCAGAAGCUGGCCCAGGACCGCUGGGCGCGCGUCCACAGCAUGAGCGUGCGUCUGACCUGCCAUGCCCGCUCCAUGGUCAGCGAGUACAGCGCUGUCAGCAGGAACUCCUCGCAGGAGAUGAGCCAGAUUGAGAAACUGCUAAUGGAGAAGUGUUCAGAGCUGUCAGCGGUCACAGAGAGGUGCCUCCAGGUGGAGAAUGAGCAUGUCCUGAAGUCAAUGAAGGCCUGUGUGAGCGAGACCCUGAGCACUCUGGGCGAGCACUUUGGCCAGCUGCUGGAGCUGGCCCUGACCCGGGAGGUGCAGGCACUGGUGAGAAAAAUCGAUGCCUCGGACAAUAUCUACACCACAGAGUCCACCACGGGGAACCUGUUCAGCCUGACCCAAGAGGGGGCUCCCUUGUGCCGCAUCAUAGCUAAGGAGGGUGGGGUCGUCGCGCUUUUCAAGAUCUGCCGGCAGGACACUCUCCGGUGCCUCUACCCCCAGGCCCUCCGCACGCUGGCCUCCAUCUGCUGCGUGGAGGAGGGUGUCCACCAGCUGGAGAAGGUGGAUGGUGUUCUAUGCUUGGCUGACAUUUUGACCGACGACAGCCACUCAGAAGCCACGCGGGCCGAGGCUGCGGCCGUGGUGGCCCAGGUCACCUCCCCACACCUGCCCUUCACCCAGCACCUCAGCAGCUUUCUGGAGAGCAUGGAGGAGAUCGUGACAGCUCUCGUUAAACUGUGCCAAGAGGCCUCGUCUGGGGAAGUCUUCCUGCUGGCCUCGGCGGCCCUUGCCAACAUCACCUUCUUUGACACGAUGGCCUGUGAGAUGCUCCUGCAGCUGAAUGCCAUCCGCGUGCUGCUGGAGGCCUGCAGCGACAAGCAGAGAGUAGACACGCCUUACACCCGGGACCAGAUUGUGACCAUCUUGGCAAACAUGUCUGUCCUAGAGCAGUGUGCCUCCGACAUUAUUCAGGAGAAUGGGGUCCAACUUAUCAUGGGCAUGCUGUCUGAGAAGCCAAGGUCUGGGACCCCUGCCGAGGUGGCGGCCUGCGAGAGAGUCCAGCAGAAGGCUGCAGUGACCCUGGCCCGUCUCAGCCGAGACCCAGAUGUGGCACGGGAGGCCGUGCGGCUGAGCUGUAUGUCCCGCCUCAUUGAACUCUGCCGCUCGCCCUCAGAGAGGAACAGCAGUGACGCCGUGCUGGUGGCCUGCCUGGCUGCUCUGCGUAGACUGGCCGGUGUCUGUCCCGAAGGCCUCCAGGACUCUGACUUCCAGCAGCUGGUCCAGCCCCGGCUUGUGGACUCUUUCUUACUCUGCAGCAACAUGGAGGAGAGUUUUGUGUAGCAAGUGUGGGAGACGAAAGACAUUCAGCAUCAUUCUCAAGACCCUAUCUGAGUAUAUUCUUAUGAACGUACUUGAUUAUACACCAGCCCUUCACCUCCUUAUUUAUACUUAAUUUAUUUUUUAUGUGAAAUGAACAGAGGGCUAAAUGUUCUGGCAACAUCAUCAAGCAGUCUGUGGUCUUUGGGAGUCUUUUUUUUUUUUUUUUAAUUUUUUGACUUCUGUGACCUUUUAGUUGCAGAUGUUGAAAUGCAUAAUGGCUAAUAUGACAGAUUGUCAUGGGUGAUUUCACUUCCUCUUGCUUUCUCUACUCUCAAUAUGUAAUCUUGCAUCCUUUUUAAAAAAAUUUGAGAACCAGAGUAUUUUAGCUGCCCAGCAGUUUUUUUUUAAAUUAGAUUUGUUCUUUCUAAAAUAUUGUAAAUGAAUUUCAUAGUUGGACAGACUAUACUGGAAGGAAAUUCUAGUUUUAUUCUUAAUAAAUGUAAUAUAAAAAGUUU